GGUGGGGGGAGGCGGGCGGGCAGCUAGAGAUCACCUCAGCAGCCCCCACCACGGCCGGACCGAAGGUGCGGCGGCGGAGGGGAGCCAGGGCGCCCCAGCAGGUUUCCAGUAAUUAUCUGCAGGAAUCGCCAUGACCCCAGCUCUGAGGGAGGCAACAACAAAAGGUAUCUGCUUUUCAUCUUUGCCAAGUACCAUGGAGUCUGACAAGAUGCUAUGCAUGGAAAGUCCAAGAACUGUAGAUGAAAAACUAAAGGGAGACACUUUCUCCCAGAUGCUGGGAUUUCCGACUCCUGAACCUACUCUUAAUACAAACUUUGUGAAUUUAAAACAUUUUGGCUCCCCCCAGGCUUCAAAACAUUAUCAGACAGUUCUUUUAAUGAGUUCUAAUACUACAUUAAAUAAAUACAAUGAGAAUUGUAAGCAAAAGAAAUCAGGGGAGUCCAACUGCAAUAAGCUGAAAAACAUACUGUGUAAUGGCAGCAACAUUCAGCUCAGCAAAAUCUGUCAUUCUCGUUCUGAAGAGUUCAUAAAAAAGGAACCUCUAUCAGAUACUUCAAGCCAAUGCACAAAAGAUGUACAAAUUGUUUUGGAUUCAAAUCUAACCAAAGACAUUAAUGUAGAUAAAAUACAACUCCAAAACUGUAAAUGGUACCAAAAGAAUGCACUUUUGGAUAAAGUUGCUGAUACUGAGAUUAAAAAAGGUUUAUUGCACUGUACCCAAAAGAAAAUGGGACCUGGCCAUUUAAAUGUGCCUAUUAGUUCUUCAGCUGCUGAAAAAGAGGAGGAAGUGAAUGCUCGUUUACUUCACUGUGUAAGCAAACAGAAAAUUUUACUUAGCCAGGCUAGAAGAACUCAGAAACAUUUACAAAUGCUCCUGGCAAAGCAUGUUGUUAAACACUAUGGUCAGCAAAUGAAAUUUUCUAUGAAACAUCAACUGCCCCAGAUGAAGAUCUUUCAUGAACCUACCACACUUUUGGAUAAAAGUUUACCUGAGCACACUGAAAUUAAGCCAGAAGUCAACGUACUGACUACAGAGAAUAAGUUGUGGGAUGAUACAAAAAAUGGCCUGGCUCGGUGUACAGCUGCAGAAAUCCAAAGAUUUGCACUAUCUGCUACAGGGCUGUUGUCUCAUGUUGAAGAGGGUCUGGAUUCUGAUGCAACUGAUAGCAGCUCUGAUGACGAUUUGGACGAAUAUACCAUUAGAAAAAAUGUGGCAGUUAACUCUAGUACUGAAUGGAAGUGGCUCGUAGACAGAGCAAGAGUUGGCAGUCGAUGGACUUGGCUUCAAGCCCAGAUUUCAGAGCUAGAAUACAAAAUUCAACAACUAACAGACGUUCACAGGCAGAUUCGUGCUUCCAAGGGGAUAGUGAUCCUAGAAGAAUGCCAACUUCCAAAAGACAUUUUGAAAAAACAAAUACAAUUCACAGACCAAGCAGCUUUGUUACAUACUACAGGGAACUCCCAGGCUCACCAAGGGAGUCAAGAUCCUUUACCAGAACAAGAUUUUGAGAUGUCACCAAGCAGCCCUACACUACUUCUUCGAAACAUAGAGAAACAGAGUGCACAGUUGACUGAAAUCAUCAACAGUUUGAUUGCCCCGCUCAACCUGUCUCCAACUUCAUCACCCCUGUCCUCCAAAUCCUGUAGCCAUAAAUGUAUGGCUAAUGGAAUUUCCAGGAGUGCUUCAGAGAAUUUAGAUGAGCUCUCUUCCUCUCGUAACUGGUUACUUAAUCAGAAGCACAGUAAGAAAAGGAGAAAAGACAGGACAAGAUUGAAAUCUCCAUCCUUGACUGUCACAAGUACAGCAGCUCGAACAAGGCCACUUCAGAAUUUCCACAAACGAAAACUCUACAGAUUGAGCCCCCCUUUUUAUUGGACUCCUCAGACUUUACCUUCAAAAGAAACAUUUUUAAAUGGUACACAAAUGCCUUGUCUUCAGUCAACUUGGAGUAACUGUGAACACAACUCAAAGUCUCAGAUAUUCAGAGAACAUGUCUCAGAGUUAGACUCUUCUUUCCAUUCUGUUCUAUCACUGCCAUCAGAUGUGCCUCUUCAUUUUCAUUUUGAAACCUUUUUGAAAAAGAAUGAAAUCAAAGGAGAUCUUGCUGAAAAUAAAUUUGUAGGUGGAUGUAUCAUCUCACCAGCACCUGUAUACAAUACUUUGAAUCAAUGGAGAAAUGGAUAUUCCCCUACUUGUAAGCCUCAACUGAUGACAGAAUCAUCUGCACAAGUGUUACAGGGAAGAAAGAAAAGGCAUCUGAGUGAAACAGCAUUAGGAGAAAGGAAUUCAUUUGAAGAAUUUCCCUUUCAACGUACAGAACCAGGAUCCCAUUGCAAUUUCACUGCUGUCUCCAAUGUCAGUGUUCUAUCAAGAAUCCAGAAUUCAUCAUCACAAACUACUGCACGACGGAGGUUAAGAAGUGAGAGUUCUUAUGACAUUGAUAACAUUGUGAUUCCCAUGUCAUUAGUAGCUCCAGCUAAGCUAGAGAAACUUCAAUAUAAGGAAAUACUUACUCCAAGCUGGAGGAUGGUCAUUCUUCAGCCUCUGGACAAAUGUAACUUAGGUGAAGAAGAGACAGAAGAUCUUUCUGAUGAAGUCUUCUCUCUAAGACACAAAAAAUAUGAAGAGAGAGAACAAGCCAGGUGGUCAUUGUGGGAGCAAAGCAAGUGGCAUAGGAGAAAUAGCAGAGCAUUCAGUAAAAAUGUUGAAGGGCCAGACCUGCUUUUGAAAGAAUACCUUCAUGACCUCAGUGGAGGUCAGCGCUGCGCUGCUGAAACCCUUCCUCAGCCUCUCUCAGAGAACCUCGAUCUGUGUGCACAAGACUCCCCUUCUUUAAAGCAAAAUGAGGAAUGUAAGUCUUUGUGGUGGGAACGACGGGCUUUUCCACUGAAGGAUGAGGACACAGCAGCCUUGCUUUGCCAGGAUGAAAGCAAGGAUGAGACUCAGAGGGCAAGCACAGCUUUUCAUGGUGAAGUCUCCAGUACCACUGCACCAGAGAAUGGCCUCCACACAAAAAAGCAGCUGGAUGGAAUGGAAGAGUAUAAAACUUUUGGUCUGGGACUCACUAAUGCUAAAAAAAACAGGUGACAGGGAACACACUGGGAAUACUCUGUAGUUGAAUGGAAGGGAAAAAGAGCCCUGUUGUGGAUCUUCCACUCACUCUGGUCACAGUUCCAGAUUACAAAAUGUACUGCAUGUACUCUUCUUUUAUGCAGUUUGUAAGAGGCAAGAAAAGUCUUUUCUUCCUUCUUGAACCACAGAAGCACCUAGCUUUUCAGCUCUUGGUGAGUGCUAGUCAUUUGUAUUUCUUAUACAAGGUGUCAAGUGCUGCAAUUUGGUGCCAAGUCACAUUAUUAAGUUUUAAGACCAUGCUUCCCUACCAUCUGACACAAAAACCCAUGUGAUUUGCAUCAAAUGACAGCUAUCUUUUCUUCUGUUCGCAUGGCAAUUCACCAAAAUUGCCUCAGAAAUACAUUUAAUGUACAAAUAUGUGUGUAUAGAAUAUGUACACAUGUAUACACACAUAUACACACAUGCACACAGUUUUAAAAUUACACUAGAAAUGUCCCAUUCCACUUAGAACGCAUGUAUGAACUAUUCUAUGCAAUAUAUGCUGCAAUAACUAUAAAGCACAGGUUUCCACUGAUAAUAUAUAAAAGUCUUGACUAUGAAGAGAGGGAGGGUAUUUGUUCUUGUUUUUGUUGCUUAACCAUAGGAGUUAUUUAUGGAAAUUAUUACAUAAGGUAACACAAUACUCAUUUAUUUAAAAUCACUGGUAUCUUGGACUGCCACCAGCUACUUUUUGUUUUAGUCCUACUAGAACUUAGACAAUCAAAUGAAGAGUUAAAUGUGGAUGCAUUUUAGCUAUGGCAUCUUUGAAAAUUCAUUUUGAAUUUUACCUAUUUUAAGUACCUAGUGAAGAAAAAUCACAAAUUUAAACUGUGCAACAAACAGAAAAGUUCUAGUAUUAUAACAUUUUGUAAAUGGUUGUAUUCUAGCUAAUGUCUAGCUAGUAUGGAAACCUUACCAUAUUCCUAGAUAAUUUGGUCUUUCUUUACUCCACUCAUAUAAACAUCUAUUCUUACUACUUGCAUCCUAGAUUGAGAAUUGAACAUUUCCAAAGGUCAAGACUUCAAUAUUAGAUACUGAGGAGUGUGCAUGGUGGAAAAUUUCUUUUAAAGCUAUGAUAUUAUUUUUUCUUCUAUGUGAAAGUUAAGGACAAUUUGUAUAAAUCACUUUUUGUCAUGUAAGAAAAGUAAUUUAAGUUGUAGUACCCAUUACUGAAAACUCUGGCCAUUUGGCUAGAGACUGUGGAGUCUGACACCCAAAUAUAUGUUCAGGAUUGGAGAUUAUACUGGUUCCUGGAAAGGGGCACACAUUCAGAUUCAACAGUUAACAAACUUUUGCUUGUAGUUUUACUGUACAUUUAUUUUUAAAGAAAAAGAAAACAAAAGCCAGACAAACUCAAGUUUUCCUGGCAAAUAAAUUCAAAUCUUUGUCAUGUCUGAUAUUAUAAUCUUCUAUGUAUGUUUUUUAAUUAAAGUUAUUUCUAUA